UCGUGUGAGAAAAGCGGCUCAUCAUCUCAGAGGAACCGCAGAGACACACAGACGCGCAAAGAGAGAGAGAGACACACACACACAGGCAGAGCUCCAGAAUAAUCAAUGCCGAAAUAAAGCAGCCGACGCUCGCUGAAAUCGCUGUUUCUCCGGUGAAGCUCGAGCAGGUGCCGGUCAGUCGCGAUGGGGAACCGGGGGAUGGAGGACCUGAUUCCGCUGGUCAACCGAAUGCAGGAUGCGUUCGCCGCCAUCGGACAGAACGCGAACCUGGACCUGCCGCAGAUCGCGGUGGUGGGCGGACAGAGCGCCGGGAAAAGCUCCGUGCUCGAGAACUUCGUCGGGAAGGACUUCCUCCCACGCGGCUCCGGUAUCGUCACCCGCCGUCCCCUCGUCCUGCAGCUCAUCAACUGCCCCACAGAAUAUGCUGAGUUCCUUCACUGUAAGGGGAAGAAGUUCACAGAUUUCGAUGAGGUGCGUCAGGAGAUCGAGGCGGAGACGGAUCGCGUCACGGGCCAGAAUAAAGGCAUUUCUCCCGUGCCCAUCAACCUGCGCGUGUAUUCUCCAAACGUGUUGAACCUGACUCUGGUGGAUCUGCCGGGAAUGACUAAAGUGCCGGUGGGCGAUCAGCCUGCAGACAUCGAGCACCAGAUCAGAGACAUGCUGAUGCAGUUUGUGACCAAAGACAACUGCCUGCUGCUGGCCGUGUCGCCCGCCAACUCCGAUCUGGCCAAUUCUGACGCCCUGAAGAUUGCCAAAGAAGUCGACCCGCAGGGUCUGAGGACGAUCGGUGUGAUCACUAAACUGGAUCUGAUGGAUGAAGGGACCGACGCUCGGGAUAUCCUGGAAAACAAGCUGCUGCCGCUGCGGAGAGGUUACAUCGGUGUGGUGAACCGCAGUCAGAAAGACAUUGACGGAAAGAAGGAUAUUAACGCCGCUAUGGCGGCCGAGAGGAAGUUUUUCCUGUCUCAUCCCAGUUACAGACACCUGGCCGACCGCAUGGGGACGCCGUACCUGCAGAAAACCCUCAAUCAGCAACUGACCAAUCACAUCCGUGACACGCUCCCUGGUCUGCGCGCUAAACUGCAGAGCCAGCUGCUGUCCAUCGAGAAGGAAGUGGAGGAAUACAAGAACUUCCGUCCAGACGAUCCGUCCCGGAAGACCAAAGCUCUGCUGCAGAUGGUGCAGCAGUUCUCGGUGGAUUUUGAGAAGCGUAUCGAGGGUUCUGGAGAUCAGAUAGACACGUAUGAGCUGUCUGGAGGAGCCAGGAUCAAUCGCAUCUUCCACGAGCGUUUCCCCUUCGAGCUGGUGAAGAUGGAGUUUGACGAGAAGGAGCUGCGCAAGGAGAUCAGCUACGCCAUCAAGAACAUCCACGGCAUCAGAACUGGGCUCUUCACGCCGGACAUGGCCUUUGAGACCAUUGUGAAACGGCAGAUCGGGAAGAUUAAAGAGCCGUGCCAGAAAUGUGUGGACAUGGUCAUUUCUGAGCUAGUCAAUACCGUUAGGCAGUGUACCAAGAAGCUGGCCCAGUAUCCCAUGCUGAGAGAGGAGAUGGAGCGGAUCGUAACACAGCACAUCCGUGACCGCGAGAGCCGCACUAAAGAUCAGGUGUUGCUGUUGAUUGACAUCGAGCUGGCGUAUAUGAACACCAACCAUGAAGAUUUCAUCGGAUUUGCCAAUGCUCAACAGAGAAGCAGUCAGAUGAGCAAGAAGAAAGCGGCUGGUAAUCAGGAUGAAAUCAUGGUGAUCAGGAAGGGCUGGUUGACCAUCAAUAACAUUGGCAUCAUGAAAGGUGGCGCUAAGGAGUACUGGUUUGUCCUGACGGCCGAAUCGCUGUCCUGGUACAAGGAUGAUGAGGAGAAAGAGAAGAAGUACAUGCUACAGGUGGACAAUCUGAAGUUCAGAGAUGUGGAGAAGGGCUUCAUGUCCAGCAAACACAUCUUUGCCCUAUUCAACACUGAGCAAAGGAACGUGUAUAAGGACUACCGUCAGCUCGAGCUGGCUUGUGAGAGUCAGGAGGAGGUGGACGGGUGGAAGGCUUCGUUCCUGCGUGCUGGCGUCUAUCCUGAGCGUGUGGUGGAGAAGGAAAAGAGCGACGCUAGUGAGGAGAACGGUUCAGAUGGUUUCAUGCACUCCAUGGACCCUCAGCUGGAGAGGCAGGUGGAGACCAUCCGGAACCUGGUGGACUCUUACAUGGGCAUCGUCAACAAGACUGUACGAGACCUGAUGCCCAAGACCAUCAUGCAUCUGAUGAUCAAUAAUACGAAGGAGUUCAUCAAUGCAGAGCUGUUGGCUCAGCUGUACUCGUGUGGAGAUCAGAACACUCUGAUGGAGGAGUCGGCCGAGCAGGCGCAGCGGCGUGACGAGAUGCUGCGCAUGUACCAUGCGCUCAAAGAAGCGCUGAACAUCAUCGGUGACAUCAGCACCACCACCGUCUCCACCUCUCUGCCUCCGCCCGUGGACGACUCCUGGCUCCAGGUGCAGCGCACAGGCUCUGGAGGAAGGUCUCCGGCAACCAGCCCGACCCCUCAGAGACGGGCCCCUCCUCCGGGGCCUCCUGCACGCCCAGGUUCUCGUGGCUCAGCCCCAGGCCUCCCUGCUGCCGGCGGGCCACCCGUUCCCUCCCGUCCAGGAGCCUCUCCAGACCCCUUUGGCGGGCCCCCACCUCAGGUCCCGUCCCGGCCUAACCGCGCACCUCCCAGUGUGCCCAGCCGACGACCCCCGGCAUCACCUACUCGACCCAACCGACCCACAGACUCCUCCCUCUUAGACUAUUAGCCCCUCCCGCACCCGUGACAGACAGCGAGGACAGACACGCCCGCCCAGCCAGAACUCCUCCCCUUCCUGUUCCUCAACUCACACAUACAUCAAUACACAUCAUACACACAGUUCAGCAUCACUUGAACAGCACAACAACUCUACAACCCUCUGUCACAGUUUAACCUAUCAUUUCACAUAAUUCCGUCAUUAUCAAACCAAAAUUUAGAAAAGGAAAAACACUUGAGGAACUACUGACUAAUCUAGAAAGCUGGAAGUUUGAAACCCCUACGUUGGAAACGUAGAUCUAGAAUACAGUGUUUUUAUGAACUCAAACUCUGACAGAUGGUUGAGUUUCACGUCACUGUUUAUGAUAUUCACCACGGCUCCUUAUCUUAAAAAAAUAGCUAAUGAAUGAGCACAGGGUUUGAUAAGUGCAUUUCUGUCGCUUUAUUUAUUUUCUGCCAUUUUUAAGCUUCUUUUGGUUAGCAGACGCUUGAUUUUUUCCUGCUGAUUACAGAUGCAUUAUCUCUCCAAAGUGUGAUCUGGAGUCUCAUGAUAACUGCAUCUUCUGGAAUGAGCUUGUGUGCACCUGUAUUUCUGUACAUUACUUUGGCUCUUUUUGUUUUUGUUUCGUAUGUGUGUCGGGCUGCAGUGGUCCCUGAGCUUACGGGCCAGAAGACGACACCAAACUCCCCGAAGGCCGGUCAAACACGGGCAGCCCUUCUCGCCCCGAGAGCCCCUUUUCUCCACGCGACCCUUAGCACCUCCUCAUCGCUUUCUUCUUCUGUUUUUCCCCACGUCGAGUUAAACAACCCAAACCAGUGCAACACGAACACAAGCAAAAGAACACGGAGGAACCCAAAAACCUGCCAGAUGUUUCCGGCAUCCUCAGUUUAAAAAAUAAGUUUGUCUUUUUGGUUAAACCUUCUUUAACCUUCAAGCUCAUUGUGGACAAACCUCAAACCUUGUGGGAUUGUUCACCCAUAAAUGAAAAUGUUGUUUCCAACCUGUACGACUGAAGGACUAAAUGGUUUCAGGUUCCAUUGACUUCUAUAGUAUGGACAAACAAUGCUGUGGGAGUUGAUGGGACCAAAAACCAUUUGCUUCCCAAAAUAUGUUUUUCUUUUAUCUUCCAAAGCAACUGCAAAUACAAAUCAAGUGUUUUUGUCUUUUUCAAGUCAAAAGGAUGUUUAGCUACUGGAAAACCUGACAAAAGCACUAAAAUAGAUUUUUUUUUUUUUUUUUUUUUUUUUUUUUUUUUUUUUUUGCAGUGCAAACAUUGCAGCGAUGCAAAAGCUUUCAGGUACAAGGACGUGUGUUCACCCUCAGUGAUUGUGCUCAGAAAUCAUUCAUUCAUUAGUGAAUCUGAACCUUUGGUGGGGCUGGAUUGAAUUAUAGAGUGCAAUAUAUUCACCGGUCAGCCGUAUAUACACGCUGAUCGCACGUUCAUGUCAUUUAAAACACACAAUAGUGCAGUUUUAGGGUGAACAGACGUUCUUGAGUUCAGUGAGACGCUUGUGUGUUUACAGUUGAUUAAAUAACACUGAAGAUGUUAAGCCUUCAGGUGUCUCUGUAAGGACGAACGAUCAUGUCGGGAUGGUUUUCCACACACAGGCUGUGUUUGGAAUUGAAUACUUGCUUACUGUAUAUACUUGCUGUACAGUAUAUACUGUAUACUGCUUACUAUUUUUAACAAAUAGCCUGUGUAAGUGCACUAUUCAAUGCUAAACAGUGGUACGCAAUAAUGUUGUUGACUCAUUGCAUGUUUAAUUCAGUGAUCAAAUUCAAAUCUGCACAUUUUUGCAAAUGUAGUAGGUCUUUUGGGUAUUCAUACAGAACAUUUGCAUACUGUGCAUAGUGUACAUACUAUAUACUGCAGAAAUAGUAACAGUAGUAUGAUAUUCUGAACAUAGCCACAUGAUUAAAGGUGCUGUAAGCGAUUUUUAGUUUAACCACAUCCUUUCCACUGCAUGUCAAUCAAGCCACAAAGUGAAUGACAGAGAUUGUUGCUUAUUGAAAAAACGUGAUUAUUUUUUGUUUAAAGCACCUUUAAACGCCACCGAUGGACUUUUUUUUUCGUGUGUGUGGACAAACUGUCCCUGUGCAUUUCAAUUAUGCAAAGUUUUCUCAAGUCUGAUUUUCCUGUCUGUAAAUUAUGGUUCAUUAUGAAAAUCAAGAUCUAGCAAAAAAGAAACGUAAAAUAUCACUGCUGGUCUAUGCAUAGAAGUCAUUCCAGUUUGUUCAGGUGUUGUUUUGUUGAAAGUGAGAAAAUAUGAGCGCAACCCUCCACAACGGUGGACUGUAAUUCUGUCGUUUGUUGUAAUAAUAAUAAUAACUAUGAAGAUAAUAAAGCCCCUUGACGUUGUGGCAUGACCAGACCGUCUGCGGUUUCAGCUGUUGCCGUAUAUUAAUAGUAUGUUUCCGUCUUCAACACGCACACCAAACCUUCCCCGAAUCCACUCUUGAGUCGUAGUAAAACCCACUAACCAGAAAAGAUUUACCGUUAUUUAAGAGUUCGUCAUGGACAUACUGUAUCUUAAGUGUGUCGCGUAUCUUUGUGGUGCAUUCAUGCAAAUUGUGCUUCCACUGUUUAGACUAGUCCACAUGUAUGAUUAUUGAAUAUUAAAUUAUUAUGGGUAAGUGAUUUAUUUAAAUUAAGCUUAUGAAAUGGAGUGUGUGGAGGAAUAAUCCGGGCCUCUUUCUGCGUUUGGACAGAAAGGUGUUACAGUAUCGAGUGUGUAACGGAUGGAUGAAUGAAUGUGUGUAACGUGUCCUGCUCUGUGUCUCUGCUUGGACGGGUUUGUCGAGCGGGAUUUGUCAUCAUUAAAGUUCAGUGUACCAAAA